CAUUGAUUCUUCACUUGUUUUUUAAUAAAAAUUUUUCUACUAUCCACCAAAUUUUCCCUUGCAAUUUCAUCCUCCCCACCAUAAUAAAAACCUUUUAAGUGCAAAGUCUGCUGCCCAAGAAUUUCAACACUUCAAACAUGAAGCAACAAUUUCUCUUCUCAUUCUCUGUUUCUAUAUUCUUCUUCUUCUUCUGCUUCUGUUGCACCACAACCUCCUUAGCUCAGUCACCGGCUCCAGCUCCGGCGGUGCCACGAGGCCCUACUAAUGUCGUAAAAAUCCUCAAGAAGGCUGGCCAGUUCAAGACCUUCAUUCGCCUCUUGAAAACCACUCAAUUAGAUAGCAACUUAAACUCUCAGUUGGGAAACACAAACAAUGGCUUAACAAUCUUUGCCCCAAGCGAUACUGCUUUUUCAAACCUCAAGAAACGAACUCUCAGCUCAUUAACCCAUCAAGAGAUUGUGGAGUUGGUGCAGUUUCACAUUGUCCCAACGUUCAUCUCCACUUCUCAGUUCGAUACUGUGACCAAUCCUUUAAGGACUCAUGCAGGAUCAGGCAGUAGGUUUCAACUCAACGUGACGACAAGUGGGAGUUCAGUGAAUAUAACUACAGGUCUCACCAAUACAACAAUCGCUGAUACUGUCUACACAGAUGACCAUCUUGCUAUAUAUAAGGUGGACAAGGUGCUGCUUCCUUUGGAUAUUUUUACACCAAAGCCUCCAGCACCAGCACCUGCACCGGCAGCAACAAAGACUGAGGUAGAGAGCCCUAACGAGGAAGAAGAUGAUGAUGAUGUUUAUCAUAAGAAUAAAUCUGGUGCAGUAAGUUAUGUUAUGGAUUAUAAUUUGGUGGUAUUAGGAGUAAUUGGUAUAGUUUCUAUAACAUUUUCUUUGUGAGAAUGUGUAAUAGUUUGGUGGGGUGAAUGCUACCAAAUGUUGGAUGAUUUUUGCUUGGUUGUGUUAUGAUGGAAGAUGGGUGAAAGGAUUUGAAGAUGCAAAAAGCAAUUUGAAUGAUUAAUCAAGGCUGUGGUUGAGAUUGAAUUUUGAAGUUAUAAUUAUUAUUAUUUUUGUUUUAUUUG